AUGUUAACAAAGCAUGGUGUCAGUUUGGAUAUCAAAUCUGCUUUCCAAUCUGCUGUAAAGAAUAAUGACUCGACGCGUCUCAGAUACCUUGUAGAAAACUUCAGAGUUGAGAUAAGUCGCGCAUUUUCUGCAAUUUCUCUGAAUAACUUUAUGAUAUCUGCUUCUCACAGUGGAUAUAUAGACAUCAUUGGCAUACUUCUGGAUGCUGGGGUUAAUGUUAACUGUGUCAGUACCGCAAAGAAAACACCAUUAAUGGUUGCCGAAAAUGUGGAGGUUAUCAACUUUCUGGUGCACAAAGGUGCUGAUGUGUGUAUGAAUAGCACAAAACAUGAUUGGAUGUAUUCACCUUUGUCAUAUGUUUUGUCUAAAAACAACUACCAUUAUGACUACACAGAGACGGUGAAAAUAGUUGAAGCACUGCUGAAACAUGGUGCACCUGUUAAUGAGGACUCUCCCAGUGGAUCACCAUUGAUGAAUGCUAUUUUAAGUGAAGCGAACUUGAACAUUGUUAAGUUGUUGUUAGACCAUGGUGCGGAUCUCAGUGUUAGAGAUAGCAAAGGCAACACUGUCUUGUUAAUUGCUGCUGAAAAUGAGUCUACUGAAAACAUUAACUACUUACUUCAACAUAGGGAGGUGAGAGAAAUAAUCAAUGUCCGGAAUCAUCAAGGUUUGACAGCUCUCAUGAUUUCUACCCGGAAAUUCAAUCACCCAGCAGUCAAAGCCCUCAUUGACCAUGGAGCCGAUGUGAAUAUUAAGGAUGUGGCUGGGAAUACUGCAUUACUGCUUGCAGUGUAUUGGCAUAGGCAGAGCCUUGAGACACUGACAACUUUGAUUGAUGCUGACAGUGAUGUCAACUGUCAAAAUGGCAGUGGUCACUCGCCUUUGAUGCUGACAGCCCUUGCUUCCUGGACAGAUGCACUAAUUUUGUUGGUGGAUUCUGGUGCAGAGGUUAAUGCUGUCAGUGGAAAAAAUGAAACAGCUCUUUCACUAACACUGAAAAAGUUCAAUCCCAGGCCAUCCUGUGUGAAGUACUUACUUGAUCAUGGUGCAGAUGCAUCUUUUGUGAAGCCAGAAUUUAUAAUUCGGUUGAUUCUACGUAGGAAGUUGGUGUUCAUUCCAAGACGGAUGCGGUGUGGGCUAGGACCCACCGAGAUCAGUUCACUUACAUAUCUUCUCUCAGCUCCUGUCACGACUGUUUCACCUUUGUUUAUGGCACUGAUGACAGGAAAUGUGAAACUGGCUGCUUAUUUUGUUGAAAACCUGUUUGUGACUAAAUCUGACAUGUUCAAGCUGAUUCACAACAAGGAUGUGAGGCAGCAUCUUCAAAAACAUAAGCUUCACAAGUGUCUGGGAUUUCUUGACAAGCAGGCUGCACAGCCAUUAUCUUUGUUCUCUCUGGCAUUUAUAGCAGUGCAGUCAGCCAUCAGUGCAGCACCUGGGCGUGAGGAGCGAGUCAGUAGUUUGCCUCUACCCCAGAUAAUCAAAGACAUUCUCAUGUUUAAAGUAGAGAGUAGACCUUUAGAUAUGUCCGCCAGCCAUGCUGAGAUGACUGCCUAUGGUAAUAUAGUUGAAGAAAUAGAAACCACUGGUGGCCUCUUUUCUGACAAUGAUGAUUAUGACUAUGAUUGUUACGCCUAUACAUCUUAUUAUAAAUCUGCUUCCAGUUAUAGUGAUGAUUCCGAGGAUGAUUCUGGUGAUGGUUCUGAUGUUGAGUCUUCUGACGAUUCUGAAGUUUAUUCUGACGAUGACUAUUUAGACUUCUAG